GCCUUCACAGUACUCAUAAACCAACACCCCCUUUCAAAAUGUUUGCCUUUUGUGUAGGAGAACAUCAGCGCCAUUUACUGCAUUUCCCUUUAUGUUAGUUCAUAAAUCAGAGUUAGUCAAGCAGCUUCUCUAAUUGCAAUUAAUAAUUGAUUAGAUAAUUUUAGUAUUGAUUAUGAAUCUGUUAAAGUUGGAACUGCUUUGUUCAAGUGAGAACUAAAGUUCAAGAAGUUUCUGAAGAAAUGUUUAGUGUUUUUCAUUCAACGUAGAUGGAAUGUUGAAAGUUUUACUGAGUGUUCUUAUUGUACUUUUUUAAGGGACACUAAAGGUUUAAGAUGUUAUUCACCAUAGAUAAAUAUUUGAUUGCCUGCCACAUGUUCAGAGUCCUGGGUAGGACAUUACCGAUGAAGUUGGUGUUGGUCCCCACUGUUAGUGUAGUGCCAGAAGCAGGAUUGCAAGAUAGAGUACUCAGAUAUGGGACCACCUCCCCUCACGGUGCUCCUUCUCAGAAGGAGUGAUGCUGCCGUAUCUUCUCUUGAAUUUUCUGACAUGCUAUCCCUAAUGCUUGGUUAACUCUCGAUGGCUUGUUUGACUAGGAUAUAGCGUUGCCUAUGUCAGUAUUUAGAGUUUUACUUAUCUUUUUUGAUUUAUGGAAUUGCAGUAGAAUUAAUAAAUAUUUAGGCCAUAAAUAGACAUGAUGAACAAAUAAUGUUGAAAAUUACUUUUCCACAGGAAGAAGCCGUUGUGCUCUUAGAACUUGGGAAAGGAGGCUGUUUGCUUUAGGAUCCUUGGGUAGAAAUUCUCAAUGAGACUUAGGGCCAGGGUUUUAUUCCUGGUUUGUAGAAGAUACUGUGAGCACUCGAGGGGUGGGGACAUUGUCCCAAGGACAAAUAGUAGUGCAGCGCUCCUAGGCUUUUUUUACCAUUUAAAAAAAAUGUCUAAAAUGAUAUAACGAAAGUAAUGUGUAGGUUGGUAGACAAGCCACUUAGAGAGUUCACCUUUUACCUUAGCUAUUUACCUUAGCUAUUUCUCUUGGUCAUUGGCCAUCUUUAGACUUUUAUUUCCCCAUCUUAUUUUUCCCUUGUGGUAGUUCCUUCUGGGUUUCCUUUGGGGUAUUUAGUUUUGAAUCAAGUUCACAAUCAAGUUUAGGGAGCCUAGCAUUAAUGAAUUUGGUACUGUUGUAGGUAUGGAGUUCCACUGAAAAAGAUAUUUGAUAAUUAUUCAUAUAUUAAAUCUUUUGAGUUGUUAACUGAGUAACGUUCUGAUUGCUUACAUCUUGUUAGAAUGCACUUGUUACCAUAGCAAUUAAACAGUUUAAUGGAAUACAAUCAAUAUUUCCUGGUACUUCUAAAAUUUGGGAACAAUUAUGAAAGAAGAAUUGACUUUAGGCCAAUAGAAGUUUAUGAAAUUAGACAAUUGUGAGCUACGUAAACUUUACAAUAUGCUUAUAUCUGUAUUGUAAGCUUUACGCAAUAUAGCUUUUCUGUAUCCCUCAUGAAGGAAGCAUGAAAAAGUACUUUGAAUACACCUACCACACUCAAAGCUGUAAAACUUUUAUCUACACAGAUAGCUGGCCAUCUUUGGAAUUAUUUUUCUUCAGUUCUUAGAAUUAUUUCUAGAAAAUUUAAAUGGAUGCUACAACUAGGUAUAAUUCAUUACAGAAAAGGAAGGGACUAUGAACUAAAGCAAACAUAAAAAUGUUUUAUUCUGCAUACUGAAUGCAAAAAAACAAAAGAAAAAGGAAGACUUCAAACCCCAUGAUCCGUAGGUUUUUCAAAGGGAGAGUUGCUCUUAGGUCUUACGUUUGUUGCUUUAGGGUCGUUGGAAAGUAUUUUGAUGCUGGGAUUCUCAAGAGAUUGACUUAGAUAGAUGCUCUUCGGAGUACUACUUUCUGUUUAAGAAAGUUUCUGUACUGGCAGCUAUAGGGUCGGGGCAGAUCAGCCAACCUGUCUCACCUUCAGUUAUAUGUAGCUGAGAGGGUGGAGGCAAAGGAUUAUCUUGGGUCUCUUCCUGCUAUGCCAUGGGAGGAUUUACAAAAUUAAAUUAAGUGGGUAAAUAUAGCCCUCUAGUGGUUCUGUAAUAUCCUUGCACUGUUAACUUGGGUGCAUCUAGCAUUUGUUUAAAAUUACUGAUUUUAAGAAAUUUGCUAUUGAGAAGAGUUAGACUUUAAUAAUAUUACAUGACAGAGAAUAUGGGGGGAAAGGUGGUAGGGAAAUCUUACUCUAACUAUAAAUUUUUGUGUUAGAUUGUAACCCACUUCGAAGUAUAACAAGAUAGUCCAGAAUAUUAGAAUUGCCCUGUACUUCCCAAGAUGAAAGAACGAAUCCAGAUACUUUGCUGGUGUAUGCUGUGAUUGCUAUUAUCAGAUAAUACUCUGUGGGUAUCAAAGUGUAGGGUAAAUUACCUGCGGUGGGUUGUGAGGUACAUCAUGCUCUAUUUAUGCUGUGAAAUAUUAUGGCUAUUAAUAGGUUAGACUUAGGUUUAUUGACCUGGAAUUUAUGAUAUGACUUCAGGGGAAAACAAGUUACAGAAUGAUUUUAUAUGUUUUUGCUUAAAAGAAAAAAAAGUGAGGGCAAUCUCAAACGCUUGUACGAAUGUGUGUUUGUCUAGGCAAAGCAAAGCAGAAAGGAUCUACACCAAACACUUAGUACCUUUAGGGGAGUGAGAUUUGGAAGGAUGGGGGCAGACUGCUUCUUUCUGUGUCUCUGUUUAUUUAAGUUCUUAUGGAAAAAACAAAAGGGACUGAAAUGGAAAAACUUGAAAGGGUCAACAGAAAACAGGGACAUUAAUCUGAGUGGAUUUAGAGGACUAAGGCUGGCUCUUACUUUCAGAACUGUUUUCUGGCAGAAAUCUCUUAGCUCCCGCGCUGAUUUUCUGAGUUGGUUUAUUGUUUAAAUGGGAUGUGCAUGCUUGAUAAUCUCCUUAGAUGUGAGACUGAUGCCCAAACUGGCUAAAAUGGAUGGUGCUUGGUAUUUCUCUUUAUUUUGCUAAUAAGCUUUCCCUGUGUUCUGGGAAUUAAAAUCCUUUCCUCUUUAGCCCAGUUAAAUUUGUUAAGGGAGGGCCUCCAUGAAAAGGCCCUUCUUUGAGGUCUUUCAGAGGAAAUGAUUGGUUCUGAAAGUUCUCCCCUCACUGGCUCUGCAAUGUUUCAUAAUUAUUGCAGGCUCAUUAUGAAGGCUGUCUCAAUAUCUCCCCUCCAAAAUGCUAAGGAAUAAUUUAGGCAAUAGUUCAGACUCUAAAAAUGAAGAUGGCUCGGUCUUUUCACAGACUGAACACAAUAUUGUUGCAGCUUACUUGAUUAUGGCAGGUAUGAUAAGUAUUCUCAGCAACAUAAUAGUUCUGGGCAUCUUCGUUAAGUACAAGGAGCUUCGGACAUCCACAAAUGCAAUUAUCAUUAACCUGGCUGUCACUGACAUCGGGGUCAGCAGCAUCGGCUAUCCUAUGUCUGCUGCUUCAGAUCUGUAUGGACGUUGGAAAUUUGGAUAUGCAGGAUGUCAGAUUUAUGCUGGAUUGAAUAUCUUUUUUGGAAUGGCAAGUAUUGGAUUGCUCACAGUCGUGGCCCUGGAUCGGUACCUGACCAUCUGCCGUCCUGACGCAGGAAGAAGAAUGACCACCAGCACUUACACCAGCAUGAUCCUGGGGGCCUGGGUCAAUGGCCUCUUUUGGGCUUUGAUGCCCAUCAUAGGUUGGGCUAGUUAUGCCCCGGAUCCCACUGGGGCUACCUGCACCAUAAACUGGAGGAAAAAUGAUGCAUCUUUUGUUUCUUACACGAUGGCAGUCGUUGCGAUAAACUUCAUUGUGCCCUUGACGGUGAUGUUUUACUGCUAUUACCAUGUCACUCGGUCCAUGAAACGUCACCCUGCUAGUAACUGCACUCAGUACCUCAACACAGAUUGGUCAGAUCAGGUGGAUGUAACAAAGAUGUCUGUGAUAAUGAUAUUCAUGUUUCUGGUGGCGUGGUCCCCUUAUUCUAUCGUGUGCUUAUGGGCUUCCUUUGGUGACCCAAAGAAGAUUCCUCCCUCAAUGGCCAUCAUAGCUCCGCUGUUUGCAAAGUCUUCUACAUUCUACAACCCCUGUAUUUAUGUAGUUGCAAAUAAAAAGUUUCGGAGGGCGAUGUUUGCCAUGUUCAAAUGUCAGACUCACCGAGCAAUGCCUGUGACGAGCAUUUUACCAAUGGAUGUACCUCAAAACCAGUUGGCUUCUGGAAGAAUCUGAAAUAAGAAGAAAGCACACAUUAUCAAAACAUUUUGUUUACUUCUUUUUUUUUUGCCGUGGUUUAAUUUCAUUUUAAAUAUGAGCCCAUUCAGAUCAAAUACAGACACAGACCAUCGUCCUAUUAGAUUGUAAAUUCUUCAGGUGCAGCUCAGAGUUCUUGCAUUGGUGUAGUGAAUGUCUCUUUAUUUCCUUAUGUGUAAACUUCUGCUCAUCUCCUUUGAUGAAUCCAGGCCCAAGACACGAAGGCCCCUCGUCGUUCUUCCUCUCCUGGCUUGUGUUACACUGUAGCCAUGACCUGGUAACUAGCCUGGG